GAUUUACCGGUUUCUGUAGCAACGGUGCCCCAUUUAUUCAGCCCCAUCUAAUUAUCUAAUCGUCUAACCAUCUCUAGCCACAUCCACUAAUUUCAAUUAACGCGCUCAGUCGCGUCUUUCGCAGUCCCUCAGGUCCCCUACUAGGGAAGGUUAAGAAAAAGGUACAUUAGGGUACCUCUUAAUAAAGUUACCUAAAGCACAUAGCAACCACCAAGGGAGUUGUAACAUUCUUAUGAGGUACAUUUGACUAACACAACCCAUUAUCAAACUUUUUUUUUUUUAAACUCAUGUCUAAAACUAAAUCCCGCCUGCUUUCUACCUAUGUACCUACCUAUGACUUUCUAUUCUCAAACCCUCAUCCGAGUUUCAGUUGGACUUGCUCUACUAAUUCCGCUUGGAAUUCAGGACAUGAUGUCGGAUUAACAACCCAUCGUACCCGGUAUUGAAACGAUGGAUAAGGGUACCACCGGUGUCGAGCCGUGGAGGCGAGCUCGCCUCGGAGACGAACCAAUUUACUGCGCCGCACCGACUCCGUCGAACCCAGACGACAUUAUCUGCCUAGGCUCAGACGAAGAACUCGAUGACGCCGAAAAGAUUGCAAAGAGGCUAAGAUAUGAGGCACAGGCACUGCGAUAUUUACAGGGUAAGCCGGUGCGAGUCCUAUCCGCAUCUCUACAUGGACCCUUCGACAGAGCCUCAGGCUGGAAGAAUCCUUGGCUCCCGAAACAACCCACAACCAAGAAAUCUGUUCUCAAAUCAUCCCGAUAUCCGACCAAACCCAUCCCGCCGUUCAGGGAACACGUCCACAAAGUUUCCGAACGAUUAGGGCAGCAAUAUAGUAUUAUGCCUGGCACCGACAGCUCUGCGCGUUGCCAUUUACCUAGUCCUGAAAGUAACCGCGGGUUACAAUUCUCCAGCAAUACGUUAGAGACAGAGAGGCAUAGUCGAAUACAGGCUUGGGCAAAGGAGGUAUCAAAAGGUACCAUCUUGGAGAGAGAUGCUUUCUGGGCGCCUGACAAAGUACUCUAUGAAGAAAAUGAUGAACCUAGAAAGAAACGACCUGCCGGGAAAGAAUGGCUAAAGAAAGCAUCAAAGCGGAAAAGACUGAGCAGUCCACAAAAUACAACCAUGGGGUCUACUCCCACGCCGCUACUGCCGACGCAAGCACCGGUCCGAAGUACAUCAGUUCCUAUAAAUACACGCUAUCUUGAAAAGUCGGAUUACUCAAAGCUCAAGGUCAGCCAGAGCUUCGAAUUCGUUACUCCAUCGUCUACUAUUAGCCCGAGCCGUCGGGGAGUUAAGUACGAAAGAGAGGCUAAGGUUCCCACGCAGGGUAAGAUGAUGCCGUCACGAGACGAGUUAUCCAAUGGCAUUCUCGCAGGGGACAAGGAAUGCAAACCAGUUUUGGAUCCCGAGAGAACUAACCAUUCAAAUGAGUCCCCCGAAAGUCCAAUCGAUCAAGAGGCUCAAGUGGGCCAAGAAGUAGAAGAGGAUCCAGCCUUCGAGAGUUAUAUAGACCAAAGCUUUCACUAUCGAGCGCGGCUUCCGAUGCAGGCCUCUCCCGUAACUGGACCGAAUGUCUCAGCGAUGAGCAUUCAUUCUAAGCUGACUCAGACUGGAAUGCCCGAGUCUCCGGGCGACGAAGAUGCAGCGGCUAUCGCCAUUCCCGAGAAUCAGUGCCCUCUGGAGCAGAUUACAAUGUUAGAACAGUAUGUUGACAUGGAAUCAAUAGCUAUAGCUCAAGCAUCCGUGCAUCUACUAGAAUCGAUGUGUAGCCGAGGGAAAGAUGACGACAUUCAAAACUAUAGGUGCCAGCCAGCACCGUCAGCACUAAAUGAAGACCGGAUAAUCAACGGCGAUAGCGAGGGACCAUACAAGUGCAACGAGACCAUUAGUUGUACAACCGUAAUAGAAACUGGACCUUCUAAUGACCAAAAAACAUCUAAUGAGAACCCUUAUCCAACACAAGUCGACACAGCUGGCACUUCCAUUUUGGCGGAGACUGCCAACGCUCCUCACACGGAGAACAGGGCUACAAAGAACGACAUUCCAGACGUGGUAACCAACAACUCACAUGUAUCGCAUAUGGUACUUGAUGUUAAAACAACGAGAAACACCAACAUCCUAGAAGGUCCUGCGGCGUUCGAAACACAGCCAACCAAAUUCGGACUAUUAGUAGAUAAGGGGUCUACCUUGAUCGGUGAUCCAAUGAAUUUUAAUCGGGCCUCGCCAAUUAAGGCCAAUGGUUUGCUUACACUUAACCACGUAUCUAACAACGCAGAUAUAAAGGCCGAAGCACACGAUCCAAUAAGAAAUUCAGUAGGAAUAACACGAGAGGUAGAAUCGGAUACCGAAUCCGAUCCAGUCAUAGUACCAUUGUCGCGAUUAGAAUGGGGCAUUGACGAAGAUAAACUGAAGAUCGUAGUUGCCAACGAUGAAGAGGCUCCUGAGAAGGACACCUCGACCAAGGCCACUCUAUUAGAUCCUCCAGAAUCUUUUACACGAGGAAUCUCCGAUUCUCUUCCAGGGGCGAAUCUAACAAUCGAGCACAUUAAGUUGGAGCCUAUUGAAUAUGAAUCCUCACAUUGUCCCUAUCCGUCCCAGACCAUGUUGCCGGGUUCCCAGACAAAGGGUCAUGAAGUACCUAGGAUUGGGCCAUCACAACAAAGCCCCUGGGCUAAGGAGAUCUUGGAAUCCGCAAACCCAGAUAGGCGAGGCUGGUAUUCUACUACGGUUGAAGAAAUGACACCCACAAACGCAUUACUUAGUACAACAACAUCUAAGGAACGUCAGAGUCCCUCGCCUACAACAGAUAUAAGCAUGGUGCCCCGUUCUGAAUGCCCACCUAUUUCGCGUACACCGGCAACUUCUGAUAAAGAUUCACUAAUUCCACCCCCUCAAUAUCCCAUAGUAGCUCAUGAAUCAGACAUUCGGUUCUCAGAGCAUAGAGCUAAUCCUCCUACUACACCUCCUCGAAUGUCUAUACUUCACAUGCGUACCCCUGACCUCGAAAGAUCGAUCAAGCCAUUCUCCUUAUUCAAUACCCCAUCGCCGAAGCGCCAACGGCGAAACUCUCAGCAAUAUUCAUCUACCGGCCGUACCGUUGGGAUUCUUUUGAACGCCACACAUUCAAAUUCACGGAGUAGCCAGAAGUCGAAGCGGCGAGUGUCAUUCGCUCUCUUGCCAAACGAAGAUGACGUCGACAUUCCGCCAGUAUUCAACACCACGAGAGUCACAUCACCCCCACCACAGAUACUCGUCAAUACUGGAGACGAGGAUAUCGAUAACCAAUUUCAGGGACAUUUUGAUGCCAUGAAGCUACGCGCCAAUAAUAGGAAUAUCCGACUUCGACUACAGCCACGGCUACUCCCGAGCCCCUCACAGCAAAAGCCUACGAGCCCACAUAUUGGCGCGAUGGCCGAAGCCUUUCGGGAGGCAGACGCAUACUCAGCCUACGCACGUGAAGAUUUAGUUAAAGACAAGGAGAAGGACUGUACUGAGAAUGUUUCGGAGAAUGUUGCUGAGAAUAUAGUUGAGGAUAUGGCUGAUGUAGAGCAAUCACCAUGGCGAAAAGAGAGCCAGGGUAUAGAUCACGUUGCAGACGUUAUGGAGAACCUGGAUGAAUUUAUCAAUGCUUGGGACGUGAACGUCGAGCUUCAAAAGGCGAGACAAGCGUCGGGCAGAGAAAGCCUAGACGGGGAAGCCUUCUGGUGAGGACACAUAUGGCUGUUGCAUGACAUGGACGUAUAAUGAUAACAUAGGGCUAGGUGCAAGGAGUCAUGUUGAUACCCUUAGGUACACGUUGCUUUCCAGCAUGGCUAGGAGUUUAGUCAGUUAUGAUCUGACAGAUAGCAUAGUUUUGGAGUACCUGAGGGCUGCAUCUUAUCGCGAAGCUUUGCAUACCUUAUGAGAGCAAUUCAAUGUCCAUUCAUAGCAUAAGACUACCUAAGUUUAUGUCUAGAGCCCCCGAAGAUUUCAUUUAACUAUAA